GUCGUCCUACACCAAACUUUUUAAAACCGAAAAUACGAACUUAAAAAACCAAUUAUAGUAUACUUUUUUUUUGUUCCGUUUUAAUUUUUGUUUUAUUUCGAUAAAUAUCUCUGGCGUAGAUUAGCGAGAGAGGUUUAGCUGUCGUUUUACAUUCUCUCAAAGCUCUCUCUUUUAUAGCUUUCCAAUAACAAAUCCCAAAUCUGAUUCUUUCAGCUAAAAAUCUUACAUCAAUCAAUCGAAUUGUCAAAAAAAGAUAUCACAACCCUUCUUCUGAAUUCUCAUUUCUUAAGCUUAUACACUUGAAAUCUCCAAAAAGGUACCAUUUUUAUGACUUUGUUAUCUCCGUUUUGUGUUCGUUGUUUGCGAUUCUCAAUUGGGUUAAAAGGGUUUAGUCGUUAAACAUUUCCAUCUUCGUUUUUGGACUUGAUGUGAAUUUAAAGUUGGGACCUUUUAUGUUUUGAUCCAAAGAAAAGAAUCUGCUUAAUUGUUGUUUUAGUGUCAGAUUUGUUUCUUCUUUGAUGCAGGGGAAAAAGAAAAUGAGUUAGGUGAAGUUUCAGAACCAUAGAGACGACGAUUUGAUCGUUGCGUAAACCAAAUGAUAUAAAGCAAAAGAUGCAAUCGAGAAUCGUCGGAUUAGCUCCGGCGUUUUCUCUCUUCCCUAACCUAAACACACCUCACAAAACCUUCACUUUCCAUCAAAUCUUAGUUCUCAUCAUCACAUUCACAGCCUACGCUUCCUUUCACGCUUCUCGUAAACCACCAAGUAUCGUCAAAAGCGUCCUUGGUCCACCUUCUCUUAAUUCAUCUUCAAUUGAUAAUGGCUGGGCUCCGUUUAACGGAACCCAAGGAACCAAGAGACUUGGUGAGCUUGAUUUGGCUUUUCUUUCUUCUUAUGCUUUGGGUAUGUAUUUUGCUGGACAUUUAGGAGAUAGGAUUGAUUUGAGAUACUUUCUUGUGUUUGGAAUGAUGGGUAGUGGGAUUCUUACUCUUGUGUUUGGUUUAGGGUAUUGGAUGAAUGUUCAUACACUUGGGUUUUAUAUGAGUGUUCAGAUUGUUUGUGGUUUGUUUCAAUCUAUUGGAUGGCCUUGUGUUGUUUCUGUUGUUGGUAAUUGGUGUGGGAAAGAGAAACGUGGUUUGAUUAUGGGUUUGUGGAACUCUCAUACUUCUGUUGGGAAUAUUCUCGGUUCGGUUAUUGCGUCUUCGGUUCUUGAUUUCGGUUGGGGUUGGUCUUUUGUUUUGCCUGGUGUGUUGGUGCUUGUGUCUGGAGUGGUUGUGUUUAUGUUUCUUGUUGUUAGUCCUAAUGAUUUGGGGUUUGAAGAAUUGGGUAAAGAGAUUGAGAUUGAGAUGAGUUUAGGUGAGAAUGUAGAGGAAAGUUUGAGGAAACAUGAAGCUGAGGGCGCGGUGCUACUUGAAAACGUAGAUGAUUCGUCGUUUGCUAUCGGGUUUCUCGAGGCUUGGAGAUUGCCUGGUGUUGCGCCUUACGCUUUCUGUUUGUUUUUCUCGAAACUCGUCGCUUACACGUUCUUGUAUUGGUUACCAUACUACUUAAGGCACACAGCUGUUGCGGGUGUGAAUCUCUCCCAUAAAACCGCUGGGAUUCUCUCGACGGUCUUUGACGUUGGAGGAGUUCUUGGUGGAAUAUCAGCAGGGUUCAUUUCCGAUAAAAUUAAAGCGCGUGCGCUCACGUCAAUCACAUUCUUGGCACUCUCUAUUCCUGCUUUAAUUAUGUACAGAGUCUAUGGAAGUGUGUCCAUGUUCAUCAACAUCGUCUUGAUGUUUAUAUCCGGGUUAUUAGUAAACGGUCCUUAUGCACUAAUAACCACAGCUGUUGCAGCUGAUCUCGGAACACAAGACUCUAUAAAAGGGAAUGGUCGAGCUUUGGCGACAGUAACUGCUAUUAUAGACGGUACUGGUUCGGUUGGCGCAGCUUUGGGUCCGUUGCUUGCUGGUUACAUAUCGAGCAGAGGGUGGAACAGUGUUUUUUUCAUGCUUAUUGUUUCAAUAUUCUUUGCGGGUUUGUUCUUGGUUCGGCUUGCAAAGUCUGAGAUCAAUACGAUGAGGUCCGGAGAAUUGAUAGCGUCGAGUGUUCCUUAAAGCUGAUGAUUUUGAUCCCAGCAGGAUUGUAUACAAAGGUAGUAUCAGGUACAUAGAUUCAAACAAUACAAUACAAAUUGAGACACCACCUGAUUUGUUUACUACCAUUUUAGUUUAGAUGAAGUAAAGUCUACUAUUUUUGAUAUUUCACGACAUUGAAGUUGUAAAAAAAAAAUAUGAGUAGUGGUUGCAUGAUCUGAAUAACGUGUUAUCAUCAUCAUAUAUAGUAUAUGAGAUUGUAUUUUCGAAUUAAAGAAAAUAGAAAGAGAAUUUGUCUCUUUGGAAAAAUGAUUCAAAGGGUUCUUCUCAUGCAAGUGUGGGACUCUUUGGAGGUCAAGAUGAUCUUCAUUUUGAUUUAUGAACCAUUUUCAGACUCUGAAAUGUGCG